AUGCCCCGCCAGCCGCUCUCAGGGACCGUGCUGCUGGCAGCCGCCCUCCUGCUCGCAGGAUCUAGUUCAGGAUCAAAAUUAAAAGUUCCUGAGCUGAGCAUAAAUGGCACACAGCAUGUUGUUCAAGCAGGCCAGACUUUAAAUCUCACAUGCAGGGGGGAAAUGGUUCAUUCAUGGUCUUUGCCUGAAACUCUAAGUAAGGACAGCAAAAGGCUGAAAGUAAUUAAGUAUGCCUGUGGAAGGAAUGGGAAGCAGUCCUGCAGCAGUCUGACCUUGAGCAGAACUCAAGCAAGUGACACUGGAAACUAUAGCUGCAAAUACCCAACAAGUGCAGCGAAAAAGAAGAAGGAAUCUACAGUCUACGUAUUUAUUAAUGAUACAGGCAAUCCAUUUGUCGAGAUGAACAGUGAUAUACCUAAAAUAAUACACAUGACUGUGGGAAGAGAGAUGAUCAUUCCAUGCAGAGUCACAGCACCAAACAUUGCUGUCACUUUAAAAAAGAUUCCCGGAGAAGCCCUCAUUCCUGAUGGCAAGACGAUAAUCUGGGACAGCACGAAAGGCUUCAGAAUACCCAAGGCAACCUACAGAUUCAUAGGGCUCCUGAGCUGUGAGACAACCAUUGCUGGGCACAAGUAUAGCACGAAGUACCUAACGCACCGAGAAACCAACACAAUUUUUGAUGUUCAGUUGAGCACCCCUCGCCUCGUCAAGUUGCUGAAAGGAGACAGCCUGGCAAUUAACUGCACUGUCACGGCAGCCUGGAACACCCGUGUGCAGAUGACAUGGACUUACCCUGGACAGACAAAGAAGAGAGGCUCCAUAACACAGCGCAUUGACCAGAAGAAUACAGAAGCCAAUAUUUUUUACAGUAUUCUAGUUGUUGACAAAGUGCGUGAUAUUGAUAAAGGCCAGUAUGCCUGCCACGUGAAGAGUGGGCCCUCAAUCAAAUCAGUUAACACAACAGUCCUCGUUUACGAUAAAAUGUUCAUUAAUUUGAAACGUCGAAGAAAAACUGUGCUGGAGGCUGUAGCAGGAAGAAAGUCCUAUCGUCUGUCAAUGAAAGUGAAGGCAUUUCCCUCUCCAGAGGUUAUAUGGUUAAAAGAUGGGCUACCUGCUGCUGAAAAGUGUGCCCGGUACAUGGUUAAAGACUAUUCAUUAAUCAUCAAAGAUGUUGCUGAGGAAGAUGCUGGAAACUACACUAUAAUAUUGAGCAUACGACAGUGGAACUUGUCUAAGAAUCUUACAGUCACUCUUAAAGUAAAUGUGAAACCCCAGAUAUACGAAAAUGCCGUAUCAUCAUUCCCUGAUCCCAAUCUGUAUUCACUGGGCAGCAAACAAGUGCUGACAUGCACUGUGUAUGGUGUUCCUCAGCCAAAAAUUACAUGGAUGUGGUACCCCUGCAGACAAAACCAUUCCAAAACAAGGCAUGGUUUUUGCUCCUAUACUGAAGGAUCUUUCAAUGUGAAAGCUGGCAGCCACAUAGGAAACAGGAUCCAGAGCAUCACUGAGCGAACAGCUAUUAUAGAGGGCAAAAAUAAGACUGCCAGCACUCUUGUUGUAGCUGAAGCCAAAUCUUCUGGAAUCUACAGCUGUGUGGCAUCCAACAAAGUGGGAAAAGCUGAAAGAAAUGUCAGUUUUAUUGUAACAGAUGUACCGAGUGGAUUCCACAUUAAUUUGGAAAAAAUGCCCAUUGAAGGAGAGAAUUUGGUAUUGUCCUGUUCAGCCAACAAAUUCCUGUACAAAGACAUCGCUUGGAUUUUACCGAGGACAGUCAACAACCAAACGAAAGCAAGAAGGGCCCUCAACAAGGAGUACUCCAUCACCCUCACUCUGACCAUCAAGAACGUUUCCCUGGCACACUCAGGCACCUAUGUCUGCCGAGCAAGGAACAUAUACACGGGGAAAGAAGUGCUUCAAAAGAAAGACGUUACAAUCAGAGCUCAAGAGGCACCAGCCCUGCUGCGGCAGCUCAUGGAUCAGACUGUGAACACCAGUAACUCUGCCAUGUUGGACUGCCAGGUUCAUGGCAUCCCUGAGCCCCAGAUAACCUGGCUUAAAAACCAUCAGGAAAUACACCAAGAAUCAGGAAUAAUUUUAGGGCCUGGAAGCCGAAUGUUGUUUAUUGAAAGAGUAAAAGAGGAGGACGAAGGACUUUACCAGUGCAUAGCCACCAACCUAAAAGGGUCUGUGGAGAGCUCAGCGUAUGUCACAGUACAAGGCACACCAGAGAGGUCAAACCUGGAGCUGAUAACCUUGACCUGUACCUGUGUGGCUGCGACGCUCUUUUGGCUCCUGCUGACUCUCUUCAUACGCAAGCUGAAGAGGCCUUAUUCUUCCGAAACGAAGACCAACCAUUACCUGUCCAUUAUCAUGGAUCCAGAUGAAGUGCCGUUAGAUGAGCAAUGUGAACGUCUGCCUUAUGAUGCCAGCAAGUGGGAGAUUGCACGGGAAAGGCUGAAACUAGGAAAGUCACUUGGACACGGAGCCUUUGGAAAGGUGGUACAAGCAUCUGCUUUUGGAAUUAAGAAAUCACCAACGUGCAGAAUAGUUGCUGUGAAAAUGCUGAAAGAAGGGGCCACAGCAAGUGAGUACAAAGCACUGAUGACUGAGCUGAAAAUCCUGAUCCACAUUGGCCAUCAUCUCAAUAUUGUGAAUUUGUUGGGAGCAUGCACAAAAAAUGGAGGGCCUCUGAUGGUGAUCGUUGAAUACUGCAAGUAUGGGAAUUUAUCAAACUAUCUGAAGAGCAAGAGGAAUUUUUUCUGCCCCAGCAAGGACUCCUCUCUGCAAGGGGAGCUGAUGAAAGAAAAAAAGGAUAUGGAGCCAGUGGAAAGCAAAAAACAAAGGCUGGCCAGUGUGACCAGCAGUGAGAGCUUCGCAAGCUCGGGGUUUCAGGAAGAUAAAAGUCUGAGUGAUGUGGAGGAGGACGAGGAGGAUGCUGACGAGCUCUACAAGUUGCCCCUCACUAUGGAGGACUUGAUUUCAUACAGCUUCCAGGUGGCUAGGGGCAUGGAGUUCCUCUCCUCCAGAAAGUGCAUUCAUCGUGACCUGGCAGCCAGAAACAUCCUUUUAUCUGAGAACAAUGUAGUGAAGAUCUGUGAUUUUGGCCUCGCAAGAGAUAUUUAUAAGAAUCCUGAUUAUGUGAGAAAAGGAGAUGCUCGACUUCCUCUCAAGUGGAUGGCUCCAGAAUCCAUAUUUGAUAAAAUCUACAACACCAAAAGCGAUGUGUGGUCCUAUGGGGUCUUGCUGUGGGAGAUAUUUUCCUUGGGUGCCUCUCCAUACCCUGGAGUCCAAAUAGAUGAGGACUUCUGCAGCAGACUAAAGGAAGGCACAAGGAUGAGGGCCCCAGAGCAAGCCACCGAGGAGAUCUACCAAAUCAUGAUGGACUGCUGGCGGAGCAACCCCAACGAAAGGCCGAGGUUCUCUGAGCUGGUGAAGAGGCUGGGCGACCUGCUGCAGGCAAACGUGCAACAGGAGGGCAAGGACUACAUACCCCUCAAUACCAUAUUUACAACCAACAGUGGGUUUUCCCCUGCAACUGACCCUUUGUGCAAUGAGAAGUUUCCUGUAACGAGCCCAAAUUGCAGAAGCACUGAAAACGUCAGAUAUAUAAACACGUUCAAAAUAAAACCACCCCAGCAUAUAAAGACAUUUGAAGAGCUUCCCAUCAAGGAAACGCUUGUAUUUAACGACUACCAAGCAGACAGCGGGAUGGUGCUGCCCUCAGAAGAGCUGAAACGCUUCACUUGGACAGGCAGCAAGCAGAAGCGGACACUCUUUGGUGUGAAAGGUGCCAGCAGGAGCAAGGAGUCAGUGCUUUCUGGAAUGACAAAGCCAAGAAGCUUCUGCAGUUUCAGUUGUGACCAACUCAGCAACCCCAAGCGAAGAUACACUUACGGCAAUGCAGUGCUGGAGAAAAUGAAAGCGUGCCACUCUCCCCCUCCUGACUACAACUCAGUGGUCCAUUACUCUCAGCCGCCUGUUUAA